AUGAACUGCAUCAGCUUCUUGACCUGCAGCUUGGUGAGCCGGAAGUCCUCGGCCAGGAUCUCCUCGGUCAGCUGCAGCAGCAGGCUGCCGUCGAUCUUCUCCGACACGAACAGCGACACGCUGUCGUCCGGCAGGCCCAGGAAGCGCAGUGACCGGGACACCUCCUCGAUGGACACCCCCGCCAGGCUGGCCGGCGGCUGCCACUGGCCGGCGGGGGUGGCCGAACGGGCCGGUGGCGAGUCGGGGAGGGGGUCCGGCUCCGGGGCGAGGGGGUCCGGCUCCGGUCCGGGGUCCGGGGCGUCCCCGCGGGUCCGGGCGGGGCCGGCUUUGGGGGUGCGGGGGGGCAGGAUGGGGCAGGACAGGCUCUGGCGGCCGUGGCUGGCCGUGAUGGGCGUGUCCCGGUGCAUCUCCGAGCUGCAGCUGGACGACUUGGUGCACAUCUGGCCGAGCGGGGCCGCCUGCGAGCCGAAGUCGCCGCCCCCCCCGCCGCCGUCGAAGUCGAUGAGGCUGGAGGUGGCGCUGCGGCCGCCGGCGGGCGGGACGCCGUCGGGGUCGCCCCCCCCACCGCCCCGCGGCUCCCCGCCGCUGAAGCUGUUGGGCCAGGACAGGCGGGAGGACACGCCCUCCGGCGGGGGGGCGGCGGCGGGGGGGGGCUCGGGGCUGGACGGCCCCCAGCUGCAGGGGAGUAGUAGGACAGCGUGGGGCUGGGGGAGCGGGUGUCCUGCUGGCGCGGCUUGGACGGGGCGGGGGCCGACAGCGACGGCUGUUUUAGACUUCGUGGAGGGAUUGCGGCGAGGCCGGCGGGAAGGCCAGCGCGGGCGCCGGAGCGCAGCCGUUGUUGAGGCCCCGGACGCCUUCGCCGGACGGGGAGGGCUUGGGGACCUGGCCUCUCAGGUGGUCCAGCCACAGCUCCUCGUAGGGCACGUCCACGCCGAGGGGCGGCUGCUGGCCGGUGCUGUCCAGCGGCUCGGGGAAAAAGUGCUCGUUCUCCCCGCAGUCCGAGCCGUUGCCGUCGGCGGGCGGCGGCGGCGGCCAGUCCCCGCACAGCGUCACGCAGCCCUGCAGCCGGUGGAAGGACUGCGUGAGCUCGUCCCGGGCGUAGGUCAGGGAGCUGGGGAUCUGCAUGUGGCUGGGGCAGCCGUUGGACCCGCCGCCGGCGCUUUUCUUGGGGCUUUUGCCGUCCUCGCUCCAGUCGGUGCGCACGUCGCGCACGGCGCGGGAGUAGUCGUCGAUGUCGAACUGCUCCUGGCAGAAGGAGAACCAGCGGUGCACCAUGGUGUCCAGCCACAGCUCGCCCUGCAGCAGCUCCUCGGGGACGAUGAACCUGGGCAUGACCAGGUGGAAGGGGAAGUGGACGGGCGUGACUUUGUGGCUCCGCAGCACGCAGCACACCACCACCGUCUUGGUCUGGAUGUUCACCAGCUUGUAGCGGUGGCCCUCCCGGAUGAGGUGGAGGUCGUGCGGGUUGCGGGGCGGGCAGCUGGGCACCGUCACGUUGACGGGGAGGCGGGUUUUCUCCACGAUGUUCCGGAUGGUGUGCUCGCCGUCCUGCAUCUGGAGCUCCAGCGGGCUGCAGGUGCUGAAGCGGCCCUUGCACUGGAAGGGCAGGCUGAUGCUCUCGUUCGUGCGAUGGUUCAUGCAAAUCAGGCACGGCAUCUUGCCUCGGCCGAUCUUGCUGAUGGAGUUGAGCUUCCCGAUCUUCUUGAAAAUAGUGUUGAGCCUCGAUUUCUCUCUGGAGCUCUUGGCGUAGAGGAUCUCCGCCUGGCCCAUUAGUGUGAGCUCGUCACCGGUGCAUAGUGUUAUGUUGUAGACCUCUGUCUCUUCAUUGCAUUCCCCAGAGGCCAUCUUAACAUUAAAGGUGAUUUCCUCCAUGACGUAAACCCGUUCAGGGAAUGCUUUGGCCACCUCCUCUACGCUGUUAUAGUACUGUACAGGCUCUUUGACGUCUCGGUCCUGCUCCAGUAGCUUGAACUGACCUUCAUAAUGAACUGGGAUCUCUAUUUUGGGCCCAAUCACAUAGUGUCCCUCCUCGAGGCUGUGAGCUGUAAUCGUUGUCCACUGACGGCAGGAAUGAAUCAAGAGGUAGUCGUUGUCUCUGAGCCCUUCAACCAACUGACCGUUAUCCAGCUUGACAAUUUGCGGCAAUUUAUAUGCGCUGACAAGCCGAUCUAAUGGUAAGGACGUCGUGCUCCAGGUCACAUCUUUUAAAUUAUUGUACAACAUUGUUCCAAGGUCCAUCUUGCUAGCUUGAAUUAGCCAACUAUGGAGCUAACUAUGUGUAAACACAGCCACGAAAGGCUACUUUGAGCUAACUAACGAAAUUGUGCAACUACACUUUAUCAGCGUCAUAUCAUACACGAAGCGCUUCUUAUAAUUCGUUACAUAUUCCCUUAUUCAUUUGCCUACGUAUUAAAAAGUUCCGUUGUUCGAUACAAUAGCAGAGCCAUGUUUGUUUAGCUAGCGAAGGCUGCAUCAAUUUAACGGAUGUAUCAGAAGGACACUUUUGUUCUUUAAAAGUAAGAGCAUUUGCCUAUGUUAACAAGGAAAAAAAACGUUACUUUCAGUAAGAGAGUUGGUAAAAUAUG